CAAUCUUAUUUGCUUUCAAAGGGAGUACAUCCUUACGCUUUCUUACAUACCAGAAGACUAUUGUGUUCUUGAUCUUAGUGUGUAUGCACGGCAGCCUCUUCGACGUUGCAAUUUUCAUAAACAUUCAGAGGCAACUGCAACAACGAAGAUUUUAGCCUCCUGUGGUAGUUAUACAGUACUACAUUUAUGUGAUGUAGAUCAUAAAAUACGUUGAUAUAAAGUUGAUCAAACCACUUGUGUCGGCGAGGAAGUUGAACUUGCAUGAGUGCUCUGCACGACUUCUUUAGUUCAUCGAGAUGUAGUGCUCUGCAUGACAACCUCCGAUAACCGGGAUAAGUCCAAACUAUCUAAUCCAAGCUCGCAUGAUUCCUGGACUACAGUUUCUGCAACCUAUAAUGAUACGUGCCUGAGUUGCAUAGCAUAUUCUCAUCUCAAAGCACAACUGGUUUCCUGAUAGCAAGUUUAUUUCACGAUUGACAACAAAGACUUCAGUAACUGAAUUGAAAACAAGGAGUUCAUUAGAUAUUUGUUUCCAGUGUACUUAAUGUUUGCUUUUGAGGACUUGAAUACCACUAAGUCUCCACUCCUCCCCUCAUCUAAUUGUUUAAUCUGAUACACGGACACUUGGCUUUGCAAAAAUUUCCCUCCAGACAAGCUGCAUCUCUCCCCCCCUCUUGAAUCUUGAUCCAUCUCCGAGGCCACCUCUCAGACCAAAAGAUCGCAUGAUCUGCAGAGAUCUCCAUGCCCAGUCCAAGAACUCACAGACCAGCCAUGCCUAGGGCUGAACGCUUGCUACUCCUUCUCAUGCUGUCCAUUCCUUUCUCCCAUGCCUGGUCCAUCGAUUACCCGAGCCCCAUCGCCAACCUUCCUUCUACGUGGGCCAACAACAAAGCUACUAUCCCCUACAACGCAACCUAUGCCGACGGUUCCGCGAUCAGAGCCAUUCUUGUCAGGCAGAAGCCUGCCGGGUUUGGUCCAUCCUUUGGCUGCGGUUUCAUCUGCGCUACUGCGCCCUGCAAGGGCUUCCUCUUUGCAGUCUUCUUCAUGUCAACCGGAGAUCCUGUCUUCAAUGCCUCAGCCACGCCACCAAGGAUCAUAUGGACAGCCAACAGGUACCGUCCAGUGAAGGAGAAUGCGUCGUUGCAGUUUAGCAAGGAUGGAGAUCUCGUUCUGAGAGACCUGGAUGGUUCGCUGGUCUGGUCCACGGCUACAUCAGGCAGCUCGGUCGUUGGCAUGAACCUCGCCGAGACUGGGAACCUGAUACUCUUCGACGUGAUGGGGAAGACGGUGUGGGAGUCGUUCGCGCACCCAACCGACACUCUCCUCAUCGGGCAGUCACUGUGGCAAGGGAAGAGACUCAGUUCCACUGCUUCCACGGAAACAAACAGUACUCAAGGUCAGUUCUACCUCACUUUGCUCGGCACAGGCCUCUAUGCUUUCACCGACGACGCAGAUCCACCACAGCUUUAUUACCAGAAAGGCUUCAAUGUAACUGAUGCGAUACUAGUUCAAUCGAAGAGAAACGUGUCCUCUGACCAAGCCAAGAACAGCACGGCUUACGUUUCCUUCCUGCAAGGGAGCUUCUCAGCAUUCCUCAGCUUCAACAGCACAGCUAUCAAGCUAUUCGAUAUCUCUCUGCCCUUGCCGUCUUCAGCACAGUUCAUGAGUCUCGAGGAUGAUGGGCACCUCAGAGUCUAUGGAUGGGAUGGCGCUUCAUGGAGAGCUCUUGCUGAUGUUCUGCAUGUGUACCCUGAUGAAUGCGCGUACCCUACAGUGUGUGUAGCGUAUGGAAUCUGUUCACAAGGGCAGUGCAGCUGCCCAGGCGGAAGUGACGACGACGACGAGCUUUUCCGUCAGCUGGAUGACCGGAAACCAAACCUGGGCUGCUCAUUAGCGACUCCUCUGUCCUGUGAUUUGAUCCAGUAUCACAAGCUUAUCGCACUCCCAAACGUCACAUACUUCAGUCUUGCAAAUAACAACUGGACAUGGACUACCGAUGAAGAGAGCUGCAAGGAAGCAUGCCUGAAGACAUGUUCAUGCAAGGCAGUGUUUUUCCAGCAUCAAGGCGAUGUUUCAAAUGGCUCCUGCCAUCUGGUGCCAGAGAUCUUCUCCCUCAUGAAUUACCAUCCAGAGGUGGCUGGUUACAAUCUAUCUGCAUAUGUCAAGGUGCAGAUGUUACCACCACCACCAUCAAGUAGCAAGGGCAUAAACGCAACUGCUUACCAUGUCGGCGUUCCUGUCCUGGUGGCAGUCAUCUGCAUUCUCAUUCUCAUGGUCAGAAGAACAGUAGUGAAGAGCCUAGGCCUGCAAGAGGACGACGAUCCGUUCAAAGGAGUGUCUGGAACGCCUACACGGUUUUCGUACAGACAGCUGCGAGAAGCGACCGACAACUUCAGCAGAAAGCUGGGGCAAGGCGGGUUCGGGCCGGUGUACGAGGGAAAGCUCGGAAACGCCAAGAUCGCCGUCAAAUGCCUGCGCGACAUUGGGCACGGGAAGGAAGAGUUCAUGGCCGAAGUCGUCACCAUCGGUAGCAUCCAUCACAUCAAUCUCGUCAGGCUCAUCGGGUACUGCUCGGACAAGUUCCACAGGCUCCUUGUCUACGAGCACAUGAGCAACGGGUCUCUGGACAGAUGGAUCUUCAGGAAGAACCAGAGCGGCUCGCUCAGCUGGGCAGCUCGGUACAAGAUCAUCCUAGACAUCGCCAAGGGUCUGGCCUACCUUCACGAGGAAUGCCGGCAGAAGAUUGCCCAUCUCGACAUCAAGCCGGGGAACAUCCUCCUCGACGACAGGUUCGACGCGAAGAUCUCGGACUUCGGCUUGGCGAAGCUCAUCGACAGGGAUCAGAGCCACGUGAUGACCAAGAUCAGAGGGACGAGGGGGUACCUCGCACCGGAGUGGCUGUCGUCGACGAUCACCGAGAAGGCCGAUAUUUACAGCUUCGGCGUGGUCGUCCUGGAGAUCGUGAGCGGGAGGAAGAACCUGGAGAACAACCAGCCUGAGGGCAGCCCUAACCUAGUCAAUAUACUGCAGGAGAAAAUGAAGGCCGGGCGAGCUCUGGAUAUAGUGGACGACCAGGAUGAAGACCUCCAGUUACAUGGGUCGGAAAUGGCGGAAGUGAUCAAGCUGGCUGUCUGGUGUUUGCAGCGUGACUGCAGCAAACGGCCAGCCAUGUCUCAGGUCGUCAAGGUCUUGGAAGUUGGAAGGUGCCAUGGACACUGACAGUAGUGCAGGCCAUCACGAUGCAACCGGCAGAGAUGGUACUUCUGAUGCUUCAUCAUCCCCUUUGUCCCCGGUGCCGGUGUCUGCAAGAUAACGUGUUCCAUUCUAGCAGAAGUAGGGGGGAAGGGCUCCUCUGCAAUUCAGUUGUAACCACUGUAGUACCGUGUGUAGUGUCUUUGUAAAUCUGUUUGUUGGCGUUGUUAUCUGUUAAUGUAUGAAUGAAAUGGAACACAGGGUUUAUUGAUCAGUGACCUUCAAAUAGCAUGGAAGAUGAGCAGUAGCAUUGAAA